UUCUGUCGCUCUCACAUUAGUCCUGUCUGUGUCCCCAGCGUUGACCAUUUAGUGACAGCUCUCCUGUCAGCUUCGUAUUGCAGUCUUAACCGAUCACAUAAGUGCUGCACUGGACUAAAAGUGUCUUGCUGCGGUCCAAGAUUCAAAGGUUGGACACCUUCUUUUUUCUAAGGAUCAUUUUUACCACGACUUGGGAACAGGUGACUGGAUCUCAGUUUGGAAUAUCGUCUGUGCACUGGACCCUGACUAUUGGAUUCCGUUGUAAUUGGUGUCCAUUUCCUACUGUAGCCAUCUACAGUGUGUAUACCUGAGUGUGAGUUUGAUUUUGUGAGGUUGUGUGUGUGUGGGACAAAUAGGCAAAGAGCUGCAGUGCUGGACUCCUGCAGUGAUUCCAGGUUAAUUCCUCAUUAGUUGGCCCCGUCCUGGCUGUGAAUAUGGCAUCAUUGAGAAGUUUGAUUCUUGCAGUGCUGCUGGCACUGCUGUGCUCCUUCCACACCCCGUUGGCUCCCACUGCCAAAGCUCAGGAUUUGCCAUUCCGUUACGAGCAAGGUCUGAUGGCUGAUGAUGACGAUGAUGAUGAUGAUGACGAUGAUGACGAUGAUGACGAUGACGAUGACGACGAUGACGAUGAUGACGACGAUGACGACGACGAUGAUGAUGAUGAUGAUGAUGAUGACGACGAUGAUGAUGAUGAUGACGACGAUGAUGAUGACGAUGAUGAUGAUGACGAUGAUGACGACGAUGACGACGAUGAUGAUGAUGAUGAUGACGAUGAUGAUGAUGAUGAUGACGAUGACGACGACGACGACGAUGACGACGACGAUGAUGACGACGAUGAUGACGAUGAUGACGACGAUGAUGACGAUGAUGACGACGAUGACGAUGACGACGACGACGAUGACGAUGAUGACGACGAUGACGACGACGACGAUGACGACGAUGACGACGACGACGAUGACGACGAUGAUGACGAUGAUGAUGAUGACGAUGACGAUCAUGAAGAUGAUGAUGACGAUGAUGACGACGACGACGAUGAUGAUGAUGAUGAUGAUGAUGAUGCUGCCUAUCAUAAGGGCUCUUUGUGCUCAUAUUGUGAAUUCUGUGAGCACUGUGACAGUUGUGACAAAUGUCCUUGCAAAGAGGGAGACAAGUCUGAACACUGUGAUGACUGCAAGAUGUGCGGUUUCUGCCAUGUGUGUCCUGCUUGCCAAACUCUUUGCCAGCCAGGAGGUUUUCUUGAUGAAGUAACCGGAUCCAUCUACAAGACUGUAGCUGAUGUCUUUGACGAUGACGAUGAUGAUGACAACUAAACCCAACCAUAUGUUGCCACCAUGUGGCCAAACUUUCACCGUCACUUCUGAUUUUCAGUGUUAUUUUUGUCUUUUUCUUUGAGAAUAUUUAACGUUUGCUCACCAAUGACUGAACAGAAAUGUUAAAGAAGUAUCUAAAUAUAUUUGUGUACUGUUGUUAACUGACUAAGUCUAAGAAGCACUUUUAAGGAAAUUGAAAUAUUUCAAUUAAUAUUUGGGAUAAGUUAAAUUAAAAAGAGGGGACAUUUUCA